AUGUUUGUAUAUAUAUCGAACCUCGAUAUUUGUGGAGUUAGUAUUACAGAAUUGGAUUGUGUAGAUAGGGUUGGGUAUUUGCAAAGUAUUUUUAUAAGAAAAAUCUGUAACUUAUUUUGUUUUAGAUAAACCAAAAGGCGGCGGUGGUGGUUCCUCUGGGGGUGGUGGUUCUGCUGGUGGAUUAGGCGGAAUAUUUGCUGGUGGUAUGCCAAAGUUGCGACCUUCUGGGACACGUGGAGGUGGGUAAACACACUUUAAGCUGUGGUAGAUACUGUACAGCAUCGUGUGCUUUCUCUCUAUCAUAUCUGUUCCCUUUUAGUCCGAGUAAAACAUUAGCGAACGCUUGUCACAAUGACUACACUGUAUACAUACUUACAGUGUCUAUAAUUUUACCGUAUAUAAUAACCUAAUGAAUUCAAGCGAUUUCGUUUAAAAGGGAAAUGGCAAUAUAUUUUUUAUUUUCUCAUUUGAAAGAACUUAUAAGACUAUAUAUAACUCGUUUACUGUCUUUUCAUAUCUUGCUUACUUCUACAAAUAUUUUGACCGAAAGGAAUGAAAUGUCCGCCAUCAUCAAUUUUUGUAGAUAUGCAUGUCACGAUCAUUCAAAAGUCAAAACCUUUAAAACAUCUACCAAUCAAUACUUGAUAAGCAACGAAUACUUUUAUAUGGUUAAUCCCUUUUAUGACGUCACCAAAACUACCGUCAAUGAGAUCAAAAAUUUAUCCAAGAUGGCGGACAUCUCAUUACUUCAAGUGAAAAUAUUUCAAGAACUAAGCAGAUAUGAAAAAUCGAUAAAAGAAAUUGACGUAUAGUUUCAAAAGUUCAUAGGUUCAAAUCAGAAUAUAAAAAUUUAUAUUGCUAUUUGUCUUAAUAAGAUUUAUGAUUUAUUAGAGGACAGACUCAUUGCUUUGCUUUUUACCGCGGUAAUAUUUGAAAAUUCUAUAUUUUUCUGAAUAUGAGCAAAUGAAGUUAUGAAAGCCAAAGGGAAAAAAGCCGGUUUUCUGAGCAGAAAAUCAUGUUGUUUGGAUAUAAUUUUGUAUGACAGGUGCAUCUCAGAAUAUUAGGGGUGUGACCCUCCCCCUGAAAACAUCUUGUUGGCAAAAUAACGGAUUUGUCGGCAAAUUGUUUUCGUUGUCAGCAAAAAUAUUUGAGUGGCACUAAUUAAAAAAUAAUUAUGGCGAAAAUUUCGAUAAAUUUACAAAAAAUGUAACGAUAUCGAAUACGUUUCAAAAAAGGUCACCUCAGGCCUCGCUAUUCUCAGACGACUCCGGGAUACAGUCCAAUUCAAUACCUUAACAAUACACCAAUCCAUAAUUCAACCUUAUUUCGAUUAUUGUGCUCAAGUGCAGGGUUGAUUAGGAAAAACAUAGUACACAAAUUACAAAACAGAGCGUUUAGAAUAAUCACACGUGAAAAUUACACGACACGAUCGGCUGAUAUAUUAAAUAAGCUAGGAGUUCCGAACAUCGAAAAAAGAUAGAUGCAACAACUUUCAAUUUUCAUGUACAAGGUAAAAAACAGAUUGGUCCCCGAUUACUUGUGUGAUAUGUUCACAAAUGUGGGUGAGCUGAUUUGACAUUGCCUAAACCAAAAACAAAUAAUAAUAAUAAUGAAAAAUGCAUUCUCCUAUAGAGGUGCGGAAGUCUGCAUGCAACUGCCUUUCUGCAUCUCGCUAAAAGCAUCGACAACUAUUGUUAAUUUUAAGUUUAAGUUUAACUUGAAACAUGCAAAUUAACAUGAAGUAAUUCUGCCUUUGUUUCUAUCUAUUUUAAAUAAUCUUCUUGUAAAUAAUAUAUUUCUUAUUUCUACUUGUGUGAGCACGGCCGGUUGGAAGAUCAUCUUUUUACAUUGUAUACAUAAUUAUUUUUUAUUAGGUGAAAUUGUACCGUGUUAAAAUAUUGUUAAUAAUAACAACAAUAAUGCUAUGCUUUUUUCUAUCUCUAUAUCUUUCAAAUCAGGUUUUGAAAGUCUUUUAUUGUUUUUCGUAGGAGGAGCCUUAAAACCCCCUGGCAUGAGGGCGCCAGCACCACGUCCGUCUGGUCCUGCAGGAUCUUCCAGACCAUCUGGUCCUAGACCAUCUGGUCCUACAGGAUCUUCCAGACCACCUGGUCCUACAGGAUUUUCAAGACCAUCUGGUCCUACAGGAUUUCCAAGACAACCUGGUCCUGCAGGAUUUCCAAGACAACCUGGUCCUGCAGGAUUUCCAAGACCACCUGGUCCUACAGGAUCUCCAAGACCACCAGGUCCAAGGCCAGGUAUAGGUGGUAGGGGACCAGGUCCUCCACCCCCUCCUGAUAGAGGACCACCAGGCGCACCUCCUGGGUCUGUUAAGAGGUCAGUACGAGAUGCUUUGCCUCCAACACCUGGUCAAGGUUUACCACCACCACCACCACCUGGUAGAAAUAAUGUUGGAUCGUCAAAUAGCUUGGCUAACUUUCCACCACCGCCUCCAAUGACCAAAACUGAUGGUCCUCGUGGCCCUCUUGGACCGCCACCACCACCUGGUAGAAAUUCCAUUCCAAGCAGAGUAGGACCUCCCCCACCUAGUAGAGGUUCAGGAGGAGGACCACCACCACCUCCACCUAACCGAGGACCUGGGUCACCUUUACCACCACCACCUGGUAGGUCAUCAGCCCCACCACCACCAAGUAGAGGGCCAACUGCACCAUCGCCCCCUCCUCCUAAUCGCGCACCAUCUGCACCAGUACCACCUCCUCCUAGCCGAGGACCAUCUGCAUCAUCACCUCCACCACCCAGUAGAGGUGGACCUCCUGCUCCACCCUCUGGCAGACCAUCUAAUACUUCAAUUAGAGCACCCGGGCCACCUCCACCGCCCCCAAAUCGAGGGCCUCCGCCGCCUGGCAGAGGUCCAAGUGGACUACCACCACCUCCUCCUGGUCGAGGUGGACUACCACCUCCACCGCCAUCUCGAGGUCCACCUGGCCCUCCGCCACCACCUAACAGAUCAACACCUCAACUACCAUCAAGCGUAUCAAGCACACCAUCUUUCUCACAACCACCACCCCCACCAAAUCGAGGUGGCGUUUCACCCAGUUUCCACUCGUCAAACUCAUUUGCAUCCAAAAGCAGUCUAAAUUCAGUGGAUUCCGGAAGAAAUACAGGGGCUUCCAAUAACAAACUUGUAAAUGGUCCACCUGUUCCUCCAUCUAAUAGAGGUUUACCAAAUUCUGAUUCACUUAGAAGUCCUAGUACGACUGGUGAGUAA